CUCCUUAAAUGAGUUUAAACGAGCAGCAGUGAAGAAAAGCAGGAAGGAAGGCGACGGCGUCUGAUAAAGCGGCUCCGUGUUCGCGCAGUUCCGCAGAAAUGAAGGACACUUUAGCGCCAGUACUGAGGCUGAGCGCUCACCCGGACUCGCGCUGCUGGUACGUAGCGUGGAGCCCGAAGGGUUCACUGCUGGCGUCCUGCGGAGGAGACCGAGCUGUCAGGAUCUGGGGGAAAGAAGGAGAUAAUUGGGAAUGUAAGUGUGUGCUGUCAGAUGGACACCAGCGGACUGUCCGAAAGGUUGCCUGGUCGCCCUGUGGUAAUUAUCUUGCAUCGGCCAGCUUUGAUGCCACAACAUGCAUCUGGAAGAAGAAGAACGAUGAUUUUGAGUGCCUUACAGUGUUGGAGGGACAUGAGAAUGAAGUGAAGUGUGUAGCCUGGGCGCCAUCUGGUAAUUUACUGGCCACCUGCAGCAGAGACAAGAGUGUCUGGAUAUGGGAAGUUGAUGAGGAGGAUGAGUAUGAGUGUGUGAGUGUGGUAAAUUCACACACUCAGGAUGUGAAACAUGUAGUUUGGCACCCCACACAAGAGCUCUUGGCUUCAGCCAGUUAUGACAACAAGGUGUGCAUUUAUAAAGAAGAGGAUGAUGACUGGGAGUGCCGGGCAACUUUAGAGGGACACACGUCCACUGUCUGGAGUCUUUCCUUUGACCCAGAGGGCCAGAGAUUGGCCUCCUGUAGUGAUGACCGCACUGUAAAAAUAUGGAAGGAGUGCACCCCAGGGGAUGGUGAUGGUUCUACUGACGGUGCAUGGAAAUGUGUGUGUACCCUGUCUGGGUUUCACAGCCGUACGGUGUAUGAUGUUGCAUGGGAUCGUCUGACUGGAGCCCUGGCGACCGCAUGUGGAGAUGACGGCGUUCGAAUUUUUAAAGAAGACACAACUGCCGAUCCUGAGCAGCCUGUCUUUUACCUGUCAGCUCACAUGCCCAAGGCUCAUAGCCAGGACGUUAACUGUGUGGCCUGGCAUCCUCAGGAAGCGGGUCUGCUGGCCACCUGCAGUGACAACGGAGAAAUUGCCAUCUGGAACUACCAUUCAGAUGCUUAACCUGACGAGGGAACAUUCUGUGCGCUGGACUCGGAAAGCACUGAAUUUUACCAUUACAGUCAUCGUGCGGAAAGGGUCAAAAGUCGAGGGUCAAGAGUCUUGCUACCUGCUGUAUAUUUCUAUUCAAACGUAAAAAAUAGUCUGUUCAUUUUAGUCUUGUUCUACAGGCAAACCAGUACUGACCAUUUUUCCUUUCAUUGCAUUUCAUUUUCCACUGUUCUUUCAAAUGCCGAGCAUUCUGCCACUCCUUUAGGGUAGAGUACCUGUAAACGACUGGCAGGCUGCUUUACAUUUGUAGAAAUUCUUUUUCAUGUAUUUACAGGAAAAAUACUCCUAACAAUGAAUGAAGAUCAAAGCUUUAUUCAUUAAACCUAAAAUUUAAGAAUUAUAAUUCUGUUUUUCUUCAAAUAAAUAAACAACUUUGAAGACAACCCAACAUGUCGUCUUACUUUUAACCUCUUUUUGGGUGAACAGUUCACUGAAAUUUCUCAAUUUUCAUUUUUUAAAUGAAAAUAUUGAAACAUGAUAUAAGACAACUUGAUAGUGUGUUUUCAGACACCUCACUUUAAACACCAUUUCUCUGUUAAUGUGUUGCUUGUUCUGUCAAUUCAGAAAUAUUGCUGUUACAAUCUAUACCCACGUUUUCUAAGCUGCUUCUCCCUCAGGGUGGCGAGGGGGUGCUGGAGCCUAUCCCAGCGGUCAUUGGGCGGAAAGCAGGAUACACCCUGGACAGAUGAUACAAACUCUUAAGUGUUGUAAAAUGUUUUCAAAGCAACUUCUAAAGGGACUGUUUUUUUUUUUUUCUAAUCAUUGCUGCAAAAAUGUACUUUCAUUUCUGUAACCAAAAUAGCAUGUAUUUAUUUGCAGUGGUGAGGAUGACUGUUUAGGUUUCAUUGUGGUAAAGGUAAUCAAUAGCUAUAUAACGUAUGAUGUAAUGCCGAUGUUAAACUGGGUUCACACUCUUGAGUGACGCACCUGAAUUUGGAGAGGUGAAUGCUAUGGUGUGCUAUGCAAAAGUCCACAAUUAAUUUACCAAUGUAUCAUUUUCAGGCAAAAUAACCAUUAAGUAAGUUGUUCAUUUUUUGUGUCAGGUGAAAAAAAGCAAUUCAUUUAACAGAAAAUGACUCAGAAGUCACAACAAAAUAGAUCACAAACAUUUAGUGAGUCAGUUUAUUUUCCCCCUCUUUAGGCAAGUGGAGUUUCUCAUAUCUAAACUAAGAAACACCUAUUUAAUGGCUGUUUUGACUGGAAAUGAAAUAAAGGGUGGUUUCUGAUUUUGCACAGUA